AUGCAGUCCCACAACGGCCCCAGUAGAUCAGGGGAGUCGCCCCCCAAGGCCUCUAAGUCCAACAAAUAUCAGAAGAAGUCAGCAAUGCAGUCCUCAACCAGUCCCUCAGGAAAAGAGCAGCAGCCCCCAACCAGUACGUCAAGAAAAGAGCAGCAGCCCCCAACCAGUGCGUCAAGAAAAGAGCAGCAGCCCCCAACCAGUACCUCAGGAAAGGACCAGCAGCCCCCAGCCAGUGCGUCAGGAAAGGACCAGCAGCCCACAGCCAGUACCUCAGGAAAGGACCAGCAGCCCACAGCCAGUACCUCAGUGCCCGACCUAACGAUCUCCUACCUUUGUGAGUCCCCUCUGGAGUACACCACAGAGUCCACCACCGAAAUCACCUGCACCUGGCCCCACCACUACUCCUGGCUCCAGUACCUACAGCACCUCUGGCGCCUGAAACACCUAUCCUGCUAG